UCCAUGUUGGGACGAAACCACACUUCAGUGUCUGAGUUCAUCCUCAUUGGCUUCUCCACAUUCCCCCAGCUUCAGCUAAUGUUCUUUGUUCUCUUUCUGCUGAUGUACUUGUUCACAUUACUGGGUAACCUUCUCAUCAUGAUGACCAUCCGGAAUGAACGAAGCCUUCACACACCCAUGUAUUUCUUCCUAUGUGCACUCUCUAUCUCUGAAAUCUUCUACACUUUUGCCAUCAUCCCCCGACUACUCACUGACCUGCUCUCUACUCAUCAUGCUAUCUCCUUUGUGGGCUGUGCCAACCAGAUGUUCUUCUCCUUCACAUUUGGCUUCACCCAUUCCUUUUUGCUCACUGUUAUGGGCUAUGAUCGCUACGUGGCCAUCUGCCAUCCUCUACGCUACAAUGUACUAAUGAGUUCACGGGGCUGUACCUGGCUGGUGGCCUCUUCAUGGCUUGGUGGUAUGGCAAUGGGACUGGUGGUUACACUUGUGAUUUUCCACUUGUACUUUUGUGGUCCCAAUGAAAUACAUCAUUUUGCCUGCCAUGUACCUCCCUUGGUGAAGCUAGCCUGUGGGGACAUUUGGGCUGUGGCCAUGGGAGUGGGGAUGAUUUGUAUCAUAGCCCUAUUAGGCUGCUUUCUCCUUAUCCUCAUCUCCUAUGCUUUCAUUGUGGCCACCAUCUUGAGGAUUCCUUCAGCUGAGGGCCGACAAAAAGCAUUUUCUACCUGUGCCUCCCACCUCACUGUGGUUGUGGUGCACUAUGGCUUUGCUUCUGUUAUCUACCUUAAGCCCAAGGCUCCAGAAUCCCUGGAAGGAGACACUCUAAUGGGCAUCACCUACACUAUCCUUACUCCCUUCUUGAGCCCUAUCAUCUUUAGUCUGAGGAACAAAGAGCUGAAGAAUGCCAUUAAUAAAGUCUUCUUCAGCAAUUUCUGCCCUCAAAAACUGUAG